AUGCCGGAGCCUCUGGAUGAGAGCUCCUUUUCUCGAGCCAUCGUCUCUCCCGAUGACUUGAGCGAAGAGGAUAUCAGAGCCGCUCGAGGCUUAUGGGAUCAAGCGAUCGUAAUGAUUCCCAGGUCAAUACGACCGUCUUCAGCGAAGCUCGAUGAAGACGAAUUCAAUUCUUUCCUUAAUUUUGUCUUCGCAGCUUGGAACAUCGUGGAUAAGCCAAAGAACGCCACACAGAAGCGAAAGACUGCUCACAUGACGUCUUUGCCAGUGGGAAAAUGGUUCUAUGAUGUUCCUCGCAGCAAGCAAGACCAGAAGCAGGGAGAGACUGCUGAGAAGAAACCAGUCCCAGCUUGGAAACAAAAGGGUGGUGACGCACACUGCCGCCCCGAGAUCAUCAGUGGCACCAUUGUGUUCAAGAUCAUUGAUUCCCACUCGACAAUGCACAACUUUGAAGAUGUGCGCUGGAGCUAUCGUGGAGGCCUCACCACAGAGCUCAAGAUCAGAAUUUGUGCCCACUUCGACACAAAUGAGAUCUCCCACGUUAGGGAACAUAAUCUCAGAGCCGCGAGAAGCUUGACGCAGGCAUACAUUCGUCGAACAUACAUCCUCGACCAAAGCUCUGUCGAGGAGAUGAAUCCUGUCCCAGUUUUUAUACCAAUGAAUCUACGCCUGCCACUGUGGAAGAUCAUAUCCCGAGAGGCCAAAAACGGCAGGCGUCUGGCAAAGAAGGAGCUGGCCAAGAUGAAGAAGUCGUACAAGUUCUAA